UCUUUCCUCGCCUCAGUACCGCUUUCACUCUCCUGGCGGUGAGGUGUACGUUUAGAGCGCGCGUAAACGGGUACCACUUGCUCACUCUCUCUCUUUCUUUCCUGGAACAUGCGGCCGCUGCGGUGACACGGUGUAGGGAUCAGCUUUCAGUCAUGUUCAGGUUAUGGGCGUGCCGGCGGCGUGGGCGAUGGGCGGGCGUGGGCGUGAUGGUGCUGCUGCUGUUUGUGCUUGUUUUCCUCAUCCGGGAGCCGAGAACAAAUUUCGAGGAUGAUUCAGACGUUAUGAUCCCCUUGAAGUCUCGCCACCGUAACCAGGAGGAAUACAUAGACAAACGAGGCAUUCACGUGGUGGUCGGUCACUACAUGGGAGACGAUAUCCCAGGCAAGACAACUCCGAACCUGACAGACGAAAUCCUCAACACAAAUGGUUACUCACCGGAUCCGAAGGCUGGGGCGUUGGGGAGCCCGGUUGAAAUUCCCACCUGGGAUUCGGCUCGCAUGCAGAAGCUGUAUCAUAUUAACCGGUUCAACCUCCUCGCCUCUGACCGCAUCCCAGUUAACCGCACGCUGCCAGACAUCCGGAAGAAGAAGUGCGUGGAGAAGCAGUACCACCUGGAUAAGCUUCCCUCCACCUCCGUCAUCAUUGUCUUCCACAACGAGGCGUGGUCCACUCUGCUGCGCACCGUUCACUCCGUCAUCUCCCGCUCCCCGGCAGCCGUCCUGGAGGAGAUCCUGCUGGUGGACGACGCCUCGGAGAGAAAGUUCCUCAAGGAGCCGCUGGAGGAGUACGUAGCGAAACUCCCUGUGACUGUGCGCGUCCUUCGCUCCCCAACGCGGACAGGAUUGAUAAGGGCGAGGCUGAUGGGCGCUCAGGAGGCGAAGGGUACCGUGCUCACCUUCCUGGAUGCUCACUGCGAGGCCACGGCAGGAUGGUUGGAGCCACUAUUGUCACGCAUCGCCGAGGAUAGAACCCGCGUGGUGUGUCCCAUUAUAGACAUCAUCCACGAGGACACAUUCCAAUACGUGCGGUCCUUUGAGCUGCACUGGGGCGCCUUCAACUGGAACCUUCACUUUCGCUGGUACACUCUGGGCCAACACGAGCUGGAGGGGAGGAAGCGAGACAUCACCGAGGCAUACAGGACUCCAGCCAUGGCGGGGGGACUCUUCAGUAUCCACAAGGACUACUUCUUCCAGCUGGGAUCCUACGACAAGAACAUGGACGUGUGGGGUGGCGAGAACCUUGAGAUGUCCUUCAGGGUAUGGAUGUGCGGGGGAUCAGUGGAGAUCGCGCCCUGCAGUCACGUGGGUCAUGUCUUCAGGAAAAGCUCUCCCUACACCUUCCCGGGGCAGGGGGGCGUGGGAGGCGUCCUGUACCGCAAUCUGGCGCGCGUGGCCCUGGUGUGGUUGGAUGACUGGUCAGAGUUUUACUUCAAGAUCAAUUCAGAGGCGGCGCGGGUGAGGGAUGAUGUCGCAGUGAGGGACAGACUGAUGCUGAGGGACCGUCUGCAGUGCCAUGACUUCCAGUGGUACCUUGACAACAUCUGGCCCGAGCAUUUCUUCCCCACCAAGGACGGAUUCUUCGGCAAGAUCCGUCAUGAGGCGCAGGACAAGUGCCUAAUCAGACCAGGAGGGCGGUUCGGGGGCAGCGUGCAACCCACAGGCAUGGCUACGCUGAAGGAGUGCGUCAUUGAGGUGUAUCCGCCACAGACCUUCGUGUUUAACAAGAAGGGCUACAUCAUGACGGACGAGAGCGUGUGUCUGGACUCCCCGGACUUCGACACGGCAACACAUCCUCAGGUCCGCGUGAUGGCGUGCAACGAAUUCGAUAGACAGCGGUGGACUUAUGACGAAACCUCGCGCCUGGUCAAGCACAUCAAGUCUGGCCUGUGUCUCGACCUCCCGUCCAAGAUGAAUCCUGAUACUCUCUCGCUGAAUAAGUGUGACACAUCCGCCAAGAAUCAGAGGUGGACUUUCCAGCAUGAGGAGUGGCUGAGAUAAUGGCAGGUGGAUGAGUGACUCUUGUGAUAGUGGACUGGGAGUAAAGAAGUGGGAAUAUGAUGAAUUGAUGUGGAAUAGAAUUGAGUGAUCGUGGUUUUUGUGAUUGUGAAGUGGAAGUAAUGGACCUUUCUACACGAGUGGAUGACAUAAUGGUUAAUGGGUGGGAGUGACGUGUGAUAGAGUGGAAGUAAACGUGACAAAGUGACAUGGAAUAGAAAUUAGUGAUAGUUGAUGCCAUGAUAAGAGAGGCAAUUAAAGUGUUCUUACCUAAUGAAAAAAAUAAUUAAGAUUGAAACUAAGGUUGAAAGUUACACUAAUAGAGUCACUGGUGGAUUUAAAACUAUGUAACUGAGUGAUAUUUGUCAUUGUGUAUGUGUAGUGGUGUGUGCAGUGUGUCUGUGUGGUGAGUGUGGUGUGGAGAGAUGUAAAGGUGUGUGUGGUAUGUAGUGUGUGUGAUGGAGAUGUGAUAACCUCUUGUGGUGUGUUAUGUCAGCAAAUCAAGAUAGGUGAGGUGGUUUCUUCUCACCUGUGUACCUGUGUGUGUAGUGACAGGUGUUUGUUAAGAUGAAACAUUCCUUUACAUAAUAAAACUUUAUCAUAAACUUA